AUUUCAACUGCCCUUGAUUAUCUCUGCAGUGGAUUUUUGACUGCUGUUGUUAUCCACUGACUCUACCGCGGUGGCUUCUUCGGAACCCCUGUUGCUCACGAUGUCCACCUCGGAAAAUGACCCUCCGACCUAUAAGAUCCUAGGGACGUCCGGUAUGACCUUGGAAAUGGCCCGAUUGAUCAUCGGUAUCCCGUGCUUGAACUGUCUUCCUGAUUUGGAUGUGGAGACAUUUUGGUGCGUUACUCUGCCGGGGAGAAUAGCGUGCCAGAAGUGCCAUGAUGGUAAAAGAAAAUGCGAAGAGGUUUCCUUGACGCCAGAUGUGGAGCAUGCGCUUAUCCUCCGCGGAUACAUAUUUUAUGCCUCCAGGCUUGGGUUCCCUACCCGCUGGCAAAAGGAUGAGCUGGCGACGCUCAUAGCCAAAAUCAUGAGACCGCCAUUAUCCCCAAGUCCAGGAACAGAGGCUGCUCGAGUGGCAGCUGAACCUCUGAUCCCCUGUCUGCUAGACCUAAGUCCGGCAACACAGGCAGAGAUGAUGACUGAAGACUCUCUGAAUGUGGAUCCAUCUUAGUUGUAUUAGAUUGAUCGUACAAAAUUUCAACCAGGGAAGCGGUCUAUGCUUGCAGGGCAGGGUUGACGAAUUGGAACUGCGGGUGAUAGUGUGGCCCCCCCGCCGCGGGGGGGGGGGGGGAGCGACGCGCCAAUAGCGAUACUUCACUCUUGAGAAUUUCAAAUGACAUUGGUACUCCAACUUGGUAGCUCGUUGAAAUCGCGCAGAAGCAGUUGCUAUUGCUGGAAAGUAUGGAGAAACCAUAUAGGCAAGGUGUUAUUUGGAAUAGGUACUUCGUACGGGGUAACUAGUAUGUAU